AUGCAUUGUUGCCCUUUGCGAUGCCAAGUUGCUGCACAAACUCACAAGAGCACUCACCCUUCCAUCGUACAGAAGCCACUGGCACAGCAAACUGUGAUCCUGUCUGAUGAGGAAGCAUUGAUCAACCUUGCUUCUACACGGUUUGUAAGUUAUAUGGAUGUUGGACCCCAAAAAGCUGAGGGAACCUUGUCUUUAUUGUUGUCCUUCCAGGCAAACGUGUGGAUUGCAGUGUUCAGCUUCAUUGUGAAUUACGUUUUCACGAGUUAUUUCUAUGAGCUGCUUAGGGCAUCCAUUACUUUCCCUGCACAUUGGCUGAAUAAUGUGAGUGUUGUGGGCACACAACCAUCAGUUGUUCAUAUGACUGGAAGUGCAGCCCCUUGA